GACGAUUUUUCCAGCGGCAUGCUGCGUUACACUUGCGGCGUGCCGCGCCUGCGAAUGGGAUCAUUCCGGCAGCAUGGCUCACGAGCUGCCAGCUAGAAUCGACGCCGACAGAUAGUCGGCGUCGAGGCCGCGUGUCGACUGUGAUUUCGAUUGACACGUAUCAUACGUCGCCGCACCCUUCGAUUCGACUGAGGCGUCCCCUUUCGCCGGUGUGAAGCCGCCAAGACCUGCGCGGACAAUCUUGUCUGAUGCGUAGAUGACAUGCAAUGACGAAUCAUCGAGCACGCUCAGAAAACAUUCGGCGGCUGAUGUGCGACUCGGAAAGCCAGUGGUGAAUACUGCGACGCUAACAGUACGAUAUGACGAGCUGCCGCCGUGGCAGCAAGACAACCCUGCCAUCACAGCCGGCUACAGAUCAGAGAACAAUUCCUAUCGAGCCUGUUUCUACUCCAUCUGCGGCUAUCUGCACAAUGAGACGGCCAACAUCUGGACGCAUCUGCUCAGCUCGACUAGCUUCAUCGUGCUUGCUGUUGUGAUUGCGCUCGGUGGAUACAUCAAUCCUUCGGCAGAUCAGAGCAAAGGCCGACUUGGUCUUGCUGCGCUGUGGAACGUCGUCGACCCGUGGCCUGCGGACAAUGCUACGCUGCCGACGGUGAGCUAUGCCGACACUAUCGCCUUUUAUGCUUUCAAAAUCUGCUGCGCGCUCUGUCUCGGAUUCAGUUGGUUUUUCCACACUGUCGCUUGCCAUUCAGAUGCAGUGGCGAAGCGGUACAACAAGCUCGAUUAUGUCGGUAUCGUCUUGCAGAUCUAUGGCUCCAACAUCGCCGGCCUGCGAUUCGCGUACUUCUGCGACGUUCAGCAUGGACUCAUGUGGGCCGCAGUCAUCACUGUGUUGUCCGCAGGUGCCGUCUAUACCGUCAUUUCGCCGACGUACCGUACGCCUGCCUAUCGCAGACUCCGCACGAUGAUCUUCGCGGCGCUCGGAUUGAGCGCGAUCUUUCCGGUCGGACAUGCAGUAGCCCUAUACGGGGUAUGUUCGACGUCGCUCUGGAAAGCUCUCGCGCUGAUGCUGGCAGCAGUGGAACCGUGCGCAUGAUGUCUUGUCGCUCAAUUACCUGCUCAGCAGCGGCGCCCUAUAUUUGUUUGGCGCAGCGCUCUAUGCCGAGCGCUUGCCUGAACAUCUUCUGCCCGGCAAGUUCAACUACUUCUCGAGCCAUUCGAUCUUCCACGUCAUGAUAAAUGCAGCAGCCUUGUGUCAUUACGCAGCCAUCUCGGAAGCCUUUCGCUUCUGGCACAUCGAGCAGCUCGGCCAAUGUCCGACCAGCCAAAGUAGCAUAGCCAAGUCAUUCAUAGACCUAUAGACCAUGACGGCAGCAUUGCAUACAUCGAACAAGCUCCUGCUUGCGGUCCGCGGGCGAUCCCCUGAUGCAUCAUCGAGAC